UUUGAGAGAUACAUAUAUGAUAUAUAGCUAUAUACAUAUACACACUUUGCUUUUUAAAUCUCAAAAGCAGUUAGUACAAGUUCUCCAUGCAGAAACACUGAAAAUGAGUUGCGAAGCUAGCAUUUCGUACACAUAUUUGGCUUUCAAGUACGUUAUAAUUAAUUAUCCAAAAGGACAAAGUACUAUAUAUUCUAAUCCAUCUCUCACCUAGCAAGCUAGGUCAUCAUUUCAUUUCAUCUGAUCAACAUAACAUUUCUCAGCAAUCCUUCUCCUUAUAACUCAAGCUACUAUAUAAAAAGUCAGUCUUUCAUUUAGGCUAAGGUUUCCAUCUAGUAGCAAAGCAACAUAAUCAUUAUGGAGGUUGAUCCUCCAUUUCAUGAAACUUACAAGGCCCUCUUCCCAGAUUUCAUGAAUUGUAUUACUGGUAGUGAUCAUAAAAAACCUAAUUCGAUGAUUGAGGAAUAUAAACUGCCUUUAAUCGAUCUUAGUCAUCUAAUGAUGAGUAAUCCUGAUGACCAAUACCAUAAGGAGGUGAUGAAAGAGAGUUGCAUAAGGGAGAUCGUUGAUGCAGCCAGCAAUUGGGGUUUCUUUGAAGUUGUCAAUCAUGGGAUUCCAGAACAAGUUUUAAAGUGCAUGAAACAUGAGCAAAAGAAGGUAUUUCAUCAACCUUUCCUGGAAAAGUCUCAAAAAAAUGUUCUCAACUUAUCACCAAAUAGUUACCGUUGGGGGAAUCCGAAAGCUACUUGUCUCAACCAGCUUUCUUGGUCAGAAGCCAUUCAUAUAUCUCUCACAGAUAUUUCCAAAAUGAAUAAUACAAAAUACAACAAUCUCAGGUUAGCCAUGGAAGAAUUUUCAAAUAGAGCAUUCAGUUUAGCUAAACACUUAGCUGAAAUACUAGCAGGGAACUUGGGCUUGAGAUCCAGCUAUUUCGAAGAGAACUGUCCGCCAAACUCAAGUUAUGUUCGACUCAACAGAUAUCCGCCAUGUCCACACUCUUCGAAGCUUCAAAUGUUUGGGCUCGUGCCUCAUACCGAUAGUGAUUUUCUCUCUGUUGUGUGCCAAGACCAAGUCGGAGGCCUACAGUUGUUCAAAGAUGGAAGAUGGGUUGCCGUUAAACCUAAUCCAAAAGCCCUUGUUAUCAACGUUGGUGACUUAUUUCAGGCCUUGAGUAAUGGAGUGUACAAAAGCAUAAGACACAGAGUGGUUGCCAGCAGCGGUGAAAGUGAGAGGUUUUCUGCUGCAUAUUUCUACUGCCCCAACAACGAUGCCAAAAUAGAGAGCUGCAGCCAUAGACAAACCUCACUCUAUAGGCAUUUUACUUUCAGAGAGUACAAAAGUCAAAUCCAAAAGGAUGUUCAAGACACCGGUGAUAAAGUAGGCCUCCCAAGGUUUCAAACUUCUAUUUUCCUAUAAUUAAUAAAAAUUGAUAUAUAUAUAUAUAUUUAUUAAGUUAGAGAAAUAAGUGAGAGACAUAAAAUGUCACAAACCCAGCCAACUACUCUAAGCUUUAAUGAAUAAAAGAAAGAAGCGAGUUAGCCGCUAUUGCUACAGAGUUUUCUCUAUAAUUAAUUGGUUUCU